UGAGUGGAAGAGGAGGACAUUGUCAGAUAUAUAUCUCGUCGAGAGGAGAGGGAGGAAGGGGAGGAAUCUCGGCGUGACUGGCAGCACUCCAGCUCAUCGAGGACCAUUCUCGUCAGCAACCAUCAUGUCUGUCAGUCAGUCAGCGACCAUGUCGAAAGAGAACCUCAUCGUCUUCGUCUUCAUUCCCUUGUUCUUCUCUUCAUUCUCCCUUCAUCGUCUCUUCAUCCUCGCCAUUCCUCCCAUCCCUCUCCGCCCACCACCAUCACCACCACCACCACCACCCCCUCCGUCCACCACCAACAUGACGUCCACCCUCCGCCAGCGAUUGCUCACCAAGAACAUUCAAGCUCGACAGACUCGUCGUCAGAACAUCCAGCGGGAGUUGGUCGAAGCGACGCGGGAAUUGGA